CUUGAACCACUGUUGAACUGGCGCGCCAUACUUUGCAGCGCGUCGUCAAUCGAAUUUGUUUGAGCGGUUUUUAACGUGACAGGUGACAGGUGACAGGUGAAAAUAAGAGCGGUAUAAAUAUAUUUGAUCGUCGCUGUAUCAGGAGUUGUACAGAUCAACUAAUUUUAUUGCAUGUGUGCACACGUAUACCAAGCGUAUUAUAAAUACCUUCACCCCAUUAUUGUUUGACGUUAUGCUGCUGAAUCAUGUUCAGUAUAACCUAAAGUCGAAGUACAAACUGGACCUAAGAUACUUAUAAAAAUACCUGUAACAAUGCCUGUUACGAAGUAAAGAGAUCAUAUUAUUGAAGCAACAAUGGGAUCUCAAUCAUUACUCAGCAUCUGCGACUGGACCAGACCUGAAAGUAUAGCGAUUGAGUAUCACGAUUUACUGACAGUUCGAAGAAUUACAUACUUACAUCUUAAAGAUGCGACAGCAAAGAUCAGUGCAGCCUUAGCUGUGACUGUGAAAAGAUAUGGAUUUAUUGGAAUAAAUUAUAACAUAGAUGCACUUUGUAAUCCCGCUUUGAUGUUGGGAAUCCACUUACAAGGAUGCGGUUUUGUUAAUUUACCAUUGAAUGAUCAAACAUUAAUAUGUUCCAAGCUGAGUAUAAGAUUUAUAUUAUCUCACUCAAUCAUGAGAGAAACAAAGUUAAUUUGCGAGUUUGAUAUAUUUGGCAAAACUAUCAAACUUUUAGAAUUAGAGAGCAUAGUUUGUGCUGCAAACAAUCCCAUGAGGGAUGAGUUCGCCUAUGCUGUUACAACCUCUGGAUCCACCGGAGUACCAAAGAUAGUAAAAGUUCCUCAUGCGUGUAUAGUACCAAAUAUUAUUGACCUGAGAGAAAAUUUGCCAUUGUCAAGAGCUGACAAAAUAGCUCAAGUAACUGCACACACUUUUGAUCCUAGUGUAGUGGAAAUAUUCCUCAGCUUAUCAAGUGGAAGUACACUGUUUGUUGUUUCAAGUGAUAUUAUAAGCAGCCCAAAUAAAUUACUACAUUUAAUUCACGAGUACAAAGUCAAUUUCUUGCAAAUCACACCAUCUUUAUGGUUGAGUAGAUGGUCUAAUCAUGAAAUUAAAAGAACAAUCCUUGGCAAAGACAGUCACUUGAAAGUGCUGCUGUUUGGAGGAGAACCCUUGCCAAAAUUAGAUCUGAUUUUUGCUCUGAAACAUGUCGAUAAUAAGACUAGGAUUUAUAAUAUUUAUGGUAUUACGGAAGUAUCAUGUUGGGCCAGUAUAAAUGAAAUUGAUUCUGUAAAUCCUGAUCAUCAAUAUUUAGGAAAAUUACUUUCGGAUACAAUUUUCCAAGUCAGAAAUGAAUGUGGCGAAAUUAUUCACAAUGGUGAAGGUAUCUUAUAUAUUGGAAGUAGCACAAGAAUAUGUCUAUUAGAUGGUGAAGAAUGGUGCCUUUUAAAAGCUCCAGUUUUUAGAAAAUCUGGAGAUAUAGUUACGGUAGAUGGAAAUAGCAAGUUAUUUUAUAAAGGGAGAUGUAAUAGGACAGUGAAGCGAUAUGGUAAUAGAAUAAAUUUGACCAAGCUGGAGACGCAUCUAUUGCAACUGAAUUGUGUAGAAACUUGUCUUGCCAUAUGGGAUGAGAAAAAUCACAAGCUCUAUUUGUGUAUUUCGACUAUGAACCAUAAAGAGAUGAGUAACGCAAUUACUAGUGAUUUGGAAUGUGAAAAGGAAAUUGAGAAACAGCUCAGUAAACUGCCUGCUCCUUAUCAACCAGAUAAAAUAAAAUAUUUUGAGAAUUUUCAAUUGACUGUAAACGGAAAGAUUUGUACGAAAAGUAUGAUGGAAAUAUUUAAAAAUACAGAUGAGUCCUGUCUGACAAGCAGGCACAGUACAAGCAUGCACACGCAGAUAGUGUGUGAACAACUAGAACAAGUUUGGAAAAACCAUUUGACCAUAACUGACAGUGGUUUUUUGGAAAGUGGUGGUACUUCUAUAACGGCAUUACAGAUUUCUACAGAACUGGCUACAAGACUAAAUAUGGAGUUUCCAGAGUUGAUUGGUUUGCUCUUAAAAAAUGAAACGCUCAACGGAUGUACAAAUUAUGUUAAAAACAAGUUCCAGUCCUCUAGGCAAAAAGAUGAUAAUGAAGACUACAUUCAUUCAUGCUCUAGUCAAACGCAAUCCCAUAUUAGUAAAAGAAUAAAAUUUAAUUUCGUAGCCCCAGACAGUAUUAUAACAGCGGUUGGAUGUCUGUGGCAAAAGUGCAGAGGACAGAUAUUUGGGAUAGUCGAAAAAAAUAUUCUUUCUCGGAACUUAAUUGGAUUGAAAUUAUCUAUUGAAUAUACCCACGAUUUAAAAAAAUGCGUGGAUGCAUCACCAACUGUAUUCAACCAGUCCAGUGGUGAAAUUUAUGCAUCCGUUGGCUCUCAUUCCGGAAUUAUUUUAACUAGGCAAUUAAAUGAUCCGAAUUCUAUUAGCUAUAAAGUGAAACUUCCAGACAGGAUUGAAGCUUCAGUCCUUGUUCUCGAGGAACUGAAUGGUAUUGUAGGGUGCUACGAUGGAUAUGUAUACUGCCUGAGUUUAAAAACCGGUUGUGUGAAUUGGAAAUUCAAAACAAAAGAUACUGUCAAAUGUACUGCUGCGAUAAGCAGUAAUAGAAAAACUAUAUUCGUGGGAUCAUAUGACAAACACCUGUACAGUAUCUGUAUAAAGAAUGGCUCAGAAGUCUGGAAAUUGAAGGCCAGUGAAGGCAGUAUUUCAGCCACACCUCGUACUUGUUCUAAAUCUAAUUCAGUUAUAUUUGGAACUCUUGAUGGGACUUGUAUUGCGCUGAAUCAAGAUUCUGGACAGAUAAAUUGGAAGAUCAAAUUCAAGGACCCUAUAUUUUCAGCUCCAGCACUUUUAAAAACUGGAGACAUUGUAUUUUGCACUGUUUCAGGAGAAGUAAAAUGUUUCAACUCAGGAACUGGUUCUGAGGUAACUUCUUGGAGUUCAAGCCGGGCAGAUUUUUCAACUACUAUCUAUACAUAUAUGCAUUUGAUUAUUGAUUUUCAGAUAUGGACAUACAAAAUUGAUGGUAAUGUAUUUUCACAUCUGGUUGUGAAAGAAAAUCUAAUAAUGAAUACAGAAGAACUUAUUAUUGGUUCGAACAAUAAACGUGUUUAUUGUAUCUCUAUACCAAGCAUUACAUCUACACCGAUACUAAAAUAUUCAGUUACUUUCGAAUGUCCAAUUUUUGCAACACCAUACUGUGAAGAUGGCCUUUUGGUUGUUGCUGAUACUGGGGGAAACAUAAAUUUGCUAGAUGCUUGCAAUGGGCAUAUUAUAACAAGUUUGAAGCUGAAAGGUGAUAUUUUCUCAUCCCCAGUGAUCAAUGGUGAUUUCAUUGUAAUUGGGUGUAGAGACAAUAAUAUGUACGUGAUAAAAAUCAAUAAAUGAUAUCAGGUGUUUUAAUAUAAUAUCAUUUAUUUUCGUAUGUCUGCCAAAUUACAGUAAUAAGUGUUUAUAUUUAACAUUCUUUAGAAUAUCAGUGAUGUUUGAUAAACUUGUGUAUGUGCGAGUGUUGUUACCACGCAUCACAUAAGCUUGACACUAAUUUUUUCGGUAGAUACAAUUACUUCUUGAUAUUUAUUUACUUAUAAUUAACAGUAUUAUGAUACAUUCACAGUAACAAAGAAAUAUUCGUGUUCGCAAGCUCACCUAAUAUAUCAACAUCUUUUUUUUUAUAUAUUUGUUCACUUACUUAAUCAUUAAUAGUCAUAAUUGAAUGCUUCGCUGCUCGACAACCCACUAUAUAUGUAUAAAUCAAAUACAAAUUAUGUCGGGUUGGUAAUUCCCAUCUAUAUCUUUGCACAGCAUACCUACUCCAAUCCACAUAUCUAUACCUGACAUAAAAUCUGCGUUAGCUCAAUUCAUAUGUUUCUCCAUACUAUAAAUCAUCAUUGACUUCAACUAUUCAUACUAUAAUAUAAU